AUGGCGCCUGUGGCUACACGAGACAUCCUACCUCCACGCGAGGAACUGCCUACCGAAGAAACCACCCUUUAUUAUUACUUGGAACUGAAAGACGGAGGCAUCAUUCAAACCUAUCCAGGUACUGCCUUUGAGAAGCGCAGAAAACACGUCCCACACGAUGCGACGAUCAAGGAUUUGAGAUCCAUUCACGACCAGUUCAACGUUGACAAUGCCGGAUUCGAGUUCGUCCAACACAAGUCUGCUGUGAAGGACUUCUCCAACGAAGAAGAAGUGGAGCAGGUCUACUACCCUGAGUGCAUUGAUCUUAUCAAGAAAGUAUCUGGAGCAGAUGAGGUUCAAGUUGUCUCCCAUAUGUGUCGGCGAGACACACACAAAGCCUCUGUAGACGCAUCCCAAGGCCUCGACGAUAAGACGCCCGUAAAAGUGAUGAAUCCUGCAAGAUUCGUCCACGUCGACCAGUCCUACCGCGGCGCUGAACAGAUUCUCUUCCUCAACCUCCCCGAGGAAGAAGCGGAACGUCGCCUCAAGAAGCGUUGGGCCAUCAUGAAUGUCUGGGCCCCCAUCAUGAAGCCAGUGAAACGCGAUCCACUCGCCUUCGCCGACUUCCGGUCCAUCGACGAAAACGACUUCCGCACUGUGGUUGCGAAUUUGCCACCACCAGACGCAGGCGAGUAUGGAAAAGUAUCCAGGAACAUGAAACACAAGCCUCGUGCAGAGUACUCGUCCAACGGUGAUGUUGCCCCUCGAUACGAGGUGACUAAUCUUGCGCACAAUCCGAACCAGCAGUGGUACUACGCGAGUGAUAUGACGCCGGAAGAGGCAUGGGUAUUUAAGAUUUUUGAUUCGAAGAACGAUGGGAGAGCGAAGUGUGCGGUGCAUUCUUCGUUCCCCUUGAAGGGGCAGAGUGAUUAUGGGGAUCCGAGAACGAGCAUUGAAGUAAGAUGUUUUGUGUUUUGGAACGACGAAAAGACUGAGUAG